UUAGUCAAGUCCUUACAUUGUUAUACUAGGAAUUCAAAAUCCUUCCCAAUGAAAAAUAUACCACAUCUCAUCAUAUGAUGCUGCUUUGGGGAAGAAAAAUAAAUGCAUCUACCAAGGAUGACAAGCAUUUCUUGAAGUUUAGUACACUUCAUGCAUGUUCCAGGAAGCAGGAACGACUGCAACUGCUUAAUCUCUUGAGCUGCAUCCCAAGUACACUGUGUGGCAUUUCUCCUUGUACGGUGCUGUGAGAGGUGAUGUGGGUGAUGUGUGUUUUCAAUUUCAGCAUAUACUUCACCAGGGACUCAGCAGAAAGAUGGGUCAGUUUUGAGACACACCAGGCGAGGCAUUUGAAGAGGUUUGCUUUUUCUAUUCUCUUUUGUGGAUUCAGUCUGGCUGUAACCCGAUGCACACUUGCUCUCUUAUGGAGCCAGCAGGUAUUCUGGGACAAAAGCUCAGGUUGAUCGGAAGAAACCCUAUCCUUAAAGUCUCAUGCACAAAGUACUUUACUUCAGUUGCUGUUCGACUGGAGUGAACCUGAAACACAUUUGGAUAUAAUUUGGCAUCUAAACUCAACAAUCCCAAAGCUCUUGGAAUUGCUCACAGACACCAUGCAGGUGACAUUCUGCAGACUUCGGACUCACCAGUGGUGCUUCAUUCUGUUUAAUAUUAUCCUAUUUCAUGCUUUGCUUUUUGGUGCUGAUUUUGUGGAAGAAUACUUUCUGCAUGCUUUGCCUUAUGUAGACAUGAAAGUUCUUGAAAUUAAGGAUAAAGCAAGAAAACUGAAUAUGGAGCCCCUAAAAAGUAAUCUUUCCAAGUAUUAUAUCCUGAGCCAGUCAGAGGUCUGUAAAGGGAAGAACAUAUUUUUGCUCUCUCUCAUUUUCAGUAGCCCAGGAAAUGAAACAAGACGGAAUCUCAUCAGGAAAACCUGGGGUAACGUGACCAGUGUCCGAGGGCACUCCAUUCUCACGCUGUUCGCUUUGGGAAUGCCUUUUUUGGUAACCACCCAGCAAGAGAUUGCCAAAGAGUCUCGUAAGAAUAAUGAUAUAAUUGAAGGCAUCUUCUUGGACAGCACUGAGAACCAAACCCUGAAGAUCGUUGCGAUGACACAGUGGACUGUGACUUUCUGCCCUAAUGCCCUGUUCAUUCUUAAGGUUGAUGAAGACAUGUUUGUCAAUCUUGCAAGCUUGGUAGACUAUCUUCUCAAUCUAAAAGAACACCUUGAUGAUAUCUACGUAGGAAGAGUUAUCCAUCAGGAAACACCCAAUAGAGAUCCUAAAGUCCAAGAAUUUGUCCCUUUUAGCGAAUAUCCAGAAAAGUAUUACCCGGAUUACUGCAGUGGCGAGGCCUUUAUCAUGUCCCAAGAUGUGGCUCGGGUGAUGUAUGUGGUUUCCAAGGAAGUACCCACGAUGGUGCCUGCUGAUGUGUUUGUAGGAAUUUGUGCCAAGUCUAUUGGUCUUGUACCCAUCCAUAGCUCAAGGUUUUCUGGGAAAAAGCAUAUCAGAUACAACAGAUGUUGCUAUAAGUUCAUUUUCACAUCCUCAGUAAUUUUAGAUGCUGAAAUGCCCCUGGUAUGGAAGGAAAUUAAUGAUGGAAAAGAAUGUACACUGUUUGAGACUUACUAUGGGCUCAUUUCCUGCAAAGUUCUGACAUACCUUGACAGCUUUAAACGUUUUCACAUGGGGACCAUAGAAAACAAGGCCAUGUACUUUAGUGAUUAGG